AAAAUACCUGUCGUUUACAAUUAGGGCUUCCACAGAGACCCAGAGAGAGUGAGCGCGCGCAGAGAGGGAUCGGAAUUGGAAUCGGAAUAUUAGGGCUUGCAGCUUUGAGAGUGUCGCGAUUAUAGGUUUGCAGGAGAAUUGAAGAAUGGGUUCUUCUUCGGUGAUAACCCCCGAAGAUGUAUUAGAGUCUCUGAUGAACGAUGGUACCAUUGAUGCUCUCAGGUUAAAGAUCAUCAAUCAGCUCAAAGCCAAUGAAGAGCUGAAGAAGACGACCAUUAAAAUGGCGGAACAGAGCAAAGUUCUCAAUACUCCUGGGGCCGAGAAACAAACAAAAAGAGAGCUUUUUGAUGCACUUAGGCAGGAGCUUGAAACCCAGGUGCUUGAGAAGGCCUCUAAGUCUGUUUGGGAGUUAAUUUUAGACAACAAUGGAUUGGGAAAGGAAAUCAACCAUACAGUUGAAAGGGUAUUUUGCAAAUUGAGUGGCCGCGAACCGCCGCUGUUUCCUCCUCCUGAUGCCAAUGAAAAGGCCAAUGACAAGGAAAAAGAAAAAGAGAAAGGUAAAGGUAAAGGCAAAGGCAAAGGCAAAGGCAAGGAAACAGCAGCAAGUGAUCCACAUGAGAAGGAGAAAUCAAAUUCUGCAUCCAAGAAGAGGAGUUUUAGUGAACUAAAUGAACAAGGUGAAGGAGAAGACCAUCAAGUUGCAGCUAAAUCUGAUGAACCUCCAGCUGUUGUGCCCGAAGAAGACUUACAAGUUUUGAAGACUUGAAUUUUACUGCUUCGUCAAGCCAUCUUGUUAGACUAGUUUUGUUUUAGUUUUUUAUUGUCUAUAUAUCCACUCUAGGAGGAUGACUAAGUUGUGUGUGCUUUGCUUUUUACCAUUUACUUUAGCUUUGCUUCUCCUCUAAGUAGAUGAGAGUAUAUGCUUCCAUAUUGCCAUUCUUUAAUUACCUGCUCUGUGAUUUUGGGUGUUGAAGGUUGUAACACAAAUUGACUUGUUUAGUGUAUGUCUCUUUGUUUAUGUA